AUCACACAACUUCUGUCCGAGUGUUCUCUGUUCUCCAGCCUUUUCCUCCCCCACCAAACUCCCUCGAUUCCACCCCUUCCUCGAGACCUCCGGCCACCCACCCGCCAAGGCCCCCCUCCGCUCCGCGCCGUCCCCGCUGGACCACAACAACGCUUGCCUGUCCGAUCGGGAACGAGUAGAGUGUGUCACAGGAGAGCACGAUCCGCCCUUCCGGCCCCAAGGCGAGCGCCAUGGCAGACGCCGGCUCUCAUAUCGCCGCCGUCGUCGCCACCUCCACCUGCGCCCACUGUCAACGAGAAAUUCCAUCGUCAAACAUCGACUUGCAUUCCGUACACUGUGCUCGUAACCUUCAAAAGUGCGAGCACUGUGGAGAAAUUGUUCCCAGGAAGCUUAUGGAAGAACACUACAAUGAAAAUCACGCUCCGGUAAAUUGCUCCCUCUGCAAAGAAACCUUACAACAGGAGAUACUGGAUCUUCAUAAAAGAGAACAAUGCACACAGAGGAUGGUUGCGUGUGUAUAUUGUGAGUACGAAUUGCCUGCAAUUGAUAUUCAUGAACAUCAGGAUGUAUGUGGAAACCGAACGGACUUUUGUCAAACAUGCAAGAAGUAUAUUAGACUUCGUGAAUGGAUAGGGCAUGGAAUGCAGUGCCACCUUAGCUCAAAUGGUUCUGCAGAAUCAUCAAGUGCCAGAACCAUUCCAGAGAGAGAAGUGCAGCCUCCUCCACCGGUACGACCAGCACGUGCUGUGCCUGCUGCACAACACAGGCGACUUCUCUUUACGAUUGCUGUAACUGGAAUUGCUGUCAUGGUUGGAUCAAUACUGUUCCAGAAGGAGGAGAGUUUCUAGGUCCGGCAGCCAUGGACUUCCUAUGUCAGAGUUGUUUUCAACAGCAGUAUGAUAAAGAUAAUAUAAUCUCUUGAUGUAUAAUGGUAUCCCCAUAUUCAGUUGGCACGUCUUGCUUGCUUAAGAGUACAGUUCCAGUCAUGGCCUUGUUGGAAGAAUCGAAAUAACCAUCCAAAUAUUUGUUGUUCUCAGUGCUAUGUUUAAUUGUCUGAAAGAAACUAUUUAUAGUCCAUUUUCAGUUGACAUUACUGGAUGGAUCUAACACAAAUGUACUGCUGCCAUGUUGGUACUGCCGUUUCAGUGGGCAGCUGCUUAUGAUAUUUUGUGUGGGUGGAGCAACCCAGGAAUUUUUGCCAGUA